UAAAUUGGGGUAGGAAAAGAGGGAGAAAGAUAGGUGAGGAAAAACAGAGAUAUUUUCUUUGAACAAAAGUCCUUGCGAAAGUUUUUGUUAUUCUCCACAAAGAACAGCAAUCUGAUUUCAGAUCCUUUGGAAGAAGAGAAAACUUUCAUCAUUCAAAGGAGCUAUAGUUAUGUGUUUUAAUUCCGAUCAGCAAUCUGAUUUCAGAUCAGCAAUCUGAUUUCAGAUCAGCAAUCUGAUUUCAGAUCCUUUGGAGAAGCACAAAGAUUGUUUACAACUAGCAUUAAAAUCUUCUCUUAAUUCUCCAAAGUUGUUUUUAAGGAAGAGAAACCAUGGCUGAACUCGUGGGAAGUGCUCUUCUCUCCGGCUUCUUUAAUGUCUUGCUUGAUAGGAUGGCUACUCAAGAGGUCCUUAACUUCUUCCGAGGAAAGAAAGUCCUUGCUAAGCUUCUUGAUGAGUUAAAUAUCAGGUUGUUGUCUGCUAAUAAGCUGAUGAAUGAUGCUGAGUUGAAACAACUCACAGAUGAAAACGUGAAGAAGUGGGUUGAUGAGCUUAAACAAGUGCUUUAUGAGGCAGACCACGUCAUGGACAAAGUCAACACCGAAGCUCUUCGGCGCAGGAUUGAAGAAGGUGACCAAUCUGGAAGCAUAGCAUGUUCGUUCUUCAGCUUCAUACCAAAGAUUGGAUACAGUGCAUUUGAAAUCCGUGUGAAAUCUGAAGUAAAGGAGAUCCUUCAAAGAUUGGAUCUUCUUUUGAGGCAAGACCUUGGUCUGAAAGAAGUUUUUCACCAAAACAGACCACAAAGACUGCCUUCUCCUUUGAUGGAUGCCUGUGAUGUCUAUGGAAGAGAUGGUGAGAAAGAGGACAUCAUUGAAAUGUUGUUAUUAAAUCAUAAUGGCGGGCGUAAGAUAUCUGUGAUUCCUAUAGUGGGCAUGGGUGGUAUGGGCAAAACCACACUUGCUCAGCUUGUUUACAAUGAUAGCAGAGUCCAAGAUCAUUUUGCCUUGAAGGUGUGGGUAACUGUAUCAGAGGAUUUUGAUGUUUUUAAACUUACACGAAUAAUUAUUGAGGCGAUCACUUCGCAGACAUGUGAUAUCCAGGACCUAUAUCCACUUCAAAAUGCACUGAAAACUCAAUUGAUGGGGAAAAGAUUUCUUUUUGUUCAUGAUGAUGUUUGGAACGAAAAUUACGAACUUUGGGAUGCUUUAAGGAGCCCUUUCAACUCUGGAGCUGACGGGAGUAAGAUUAUUGUGACCACCCGCAGUGAAAUUGUUGCAUCAAUGAUGGGUACUGUUCCAGGAUAUUCUCUACAGAUGAUAUCAGAAGACGAUUGCUGGAAGUUGUUUGCUAACCAUGUCUUUGAAAAUAGAGGCUCUCAGAUAGAUCCGAAUUUGCAAGAAAUGGGUAAAGAAAUUGUUAAAAAGUGCAAGCGUCUUCCUUUGGCAAUAAAAUCAAUUGCUGGUCUUCUACGCUCGUUAUCAAGUCUGGAGGAGUGGAAAGGGAUACUAGAAAGUGACGUGUGGGAGUUGCAAUUUCAAGAAAACCAGAAGAAUAAUAUUCUUCCGGCAUUAUGGCUGAGUUACAAGUGGUUAUCUCCACAGCUAAAGCGAUGCUUUGCUUAUUGCUCAAUAUUCCCCAAAGAUUACGAGUUUGGCGAAGAUGACAGAGAAACUGUGGUACUGUUGUGGAUGGCAGAAGGACUUUUACAACCCAAAAGUGGAAGAAGACUAGAAGAUGUUGGAAAAGAGUACCUAGAUACUCUAAUAGCAAGGUCAUUCUUUCAACGAUCAAGUAGCCAGUUUCGACAACCAACUCUGCUUAUGCAUGGUCUUGUGCAUGAUUUAGCUACGCGCAUAUCUGGUGAGUCUUGUUUAAUGCUGGAUGAUUGCCCUGACUUGAAUGGCCUUACAAGCAACACUUGUCAUUUGUCAUUUAGAAAAGAAUCUAAUGUCGUGAUGAAAUUAGAGGCUUUAUCCAAAACUAAGUGUUUGAGGACCCUGCUAGCUUUACCAUUGUCAGAUGACCCCGUGUUUUUGGGACUUUUUUUAUAUACUGUCCCGCUUGAACUGCUACUAGGAGCUGGAGGACGCUUAAGAGCUCUCUCUUUAUCUGAAUCUGCUAUUACAAAAUUGCCAGAUUCAAUCGGUAAUAUGAAACAUUUAAGGUAUUUGGACUUAUCUAGUACAAAAGUCAAAGACAUUCCCAGUUCAAUUUGUACUCUGUAUAACUUGCAAACACUGUUGUUGUCACGUUGUAAAGAAAUUACACAAUUGCCAACUAGCAUGUGUUGGUUAAUCAACCUUCGUCAUCUCGUGAUCAAAGGAACGCCAUUAAAAGAGAUGCCGCCAGAGAUGUGCAAGUUGAAAAAUCUACAGACGUUAAGUGAUUUUGUCUUGGGUGAAAAUGGUGGUUCUCGGAUAAAAGAGCUUGGAGAACUAGAGUCUUUGUGUGGAAGUCUUUGUAUUUUAGGCCUUGAAAACGUGGUGGAUGUUGGGGACGUGAUACAGGCUCAUUUGAAGAACAAAGAGCAGCUUACUGAGCUUAUUUUAGAAUGGAAGUAUGGAGAGAUUGAUGAUUCAACAAAAGAACGACAUGUACUUGUUGCGUUGAAACCACAUGGAAAGCUGAAGAAACUCAAAAUCAAUGGUUACAGGGGUACAAAAUUCCCAGAUUGGGUAGCACAUAAAUCGUUUAGUGACUUGGUUGAAGUGUCUCUGUUUGGUUGUAAACGUUGUUGCUUGUUGCCCUCAUUUGGGCAACUACCUUCCCUCAGAGAGCUUGAGAUUGAGUGUAUGAAUGGGUUGGAAAGUAUAGGGGAUGAAUUUUAUGGUACUUCCUUGACCAAGCCCUUUCCAUCCUUAGAAAGCUUAAGAAUCAGUCACAUGGAUUUGUUGGAGAAUUGGUCAUUUGCUGGAGUUGAGCAAGGAGUAGAACUUUUCCCUCAUCUCAAAAAUAUAUAUUUAAGAUCCUGUAAGAAACUAAAAGUUGGACUACCCGCUGGUUGUUUUCCAUCCUUGGAAAGGAUUGAAAUUUAUACAUGUGUAGAAAUGGUGAGUGUAUUUCCAACAAUAAGUCAAGUAGAGAUUGAUUCUGCAUAUCCCUCUCUUAAACUUGUAAGUUUAGGGUUUUGUCGAAGAUUAGUGUCAUUUUCAGGAAUGGGCUUGCCCUCUAAUUUAAAGGCACUUGAAAUCAAUAGGUGCCCAAUGCUCUUUGCAGACCGUAUGAAUUGGGAUUUGCAAAGACUCUCCUCUCUUCAAACAUUAACGCUCUCAUUUGAAGGAGCGGCGGAUUCAUUUCCAGAGGAAGGGCUGCUUCCAUCCACUUUGACUUUUCUCUGGAUAAUUGGAUUUGAAAAACUUAAAGCCCUAAACGGAAAAGGCUUUCAGCAACUCACCUCCCUUCAACGAUUGAAUAUUGGUGAUUGCAAAGAAUUAAAGAGCUUGCCAGAAGAAGGGCUUCCCCUUUCUCUUACUUAUUUAGACAUCAGGGGCUGUCCUCUGUUAAACGAGCGGUGCCAGAGAGGAACAGGGGAGGAUUGGCCCAAGAUUCAACGCAUCCCCAACAUAAGAAUCAAUUUCGAAAAAGUAUGAGAAAGCAUUACGCAUUUCUGUCCUUCCCCAUCCUCAUUGUGCUCCAAUCUUCUAUUCAGGAAGAGCAAAACAUGAGGAAGAAAUAGUUAGUUUACAUCUGCUGUGGUAUUGUUAGCCGGAGAACUCAACGUUGAAUGAAUAUGAUAAAGCAUACUAAGUCGUUUCUCCCCCCUCCCCAUCCUCAGCAUCAUUCAAAUUUCUCUUCAGGAAUUUGCAAGUAUUAACGGCUGUCCGUUCAAAUCCAAAAAAUCUUCUGUGAGACGUACCAGAAUCAGCCACACGCAAGGCUUCGAAAGGAAGGCAUACUUACGUUUCUUCUUUCUUUUUUAAUUUUCAAACAAUAUUCAAAAGGACACUUUCUAGGAGGUGCAGCAUCAUGCCUUUUUCAAGUUGCCAUCGAAAUUUACUGAUACUUUCGAGAAGCUAAGUAUCUAGGAAAGAGUUAUCAAUUGUUCAAAAAGGAAGGUGAUGAAGUUGAUACAGCUGAACAAUUCUUGCUUCUAUGGAUCGGCUGCGCUAUUGGUGAUUUGGCAGGCUCCAUUGCCGUAUUUUCUUGCUCUUGAUCUUUAGGCGUUAGAGUUAAUGUCGCUGAUGUGCCACAUUAUUUUCAUCUCAAAUGCCGAUUUCUCAGAAUUUAAGUCCAUGUCUAUAAUGUAAUUAUCGAGCGUUUAUUGUAUCUGUUUGAUCAUUGGUGUAAUUCACUGGUUAGCUCAAUGGGUUUUAGUCUAUACGACUUGAGGGCUUUCAGAGAGGUUUUCUGAGAGGGAUUUUUUCAAUUUCAAUUGGGGGCUUUUACGAUGUUCAAUACUUUUCUUUCAAGAGUAUCCAGAGAGAAACUUACGUGGA